AUGUCGAGCUCCAGACCACGUUCUUUCAGACUGCGGGAGCGUAAUUCUUUAAUCAGAGCUGCAAAGGCCACAGAGGCCUAUCCCGGGUUGAACGACAUAACAGAUGCCUUUGAAGCGUUCCCUUCAGAGAUUGUCAAGUAUUUCACGCUCUACAAAGAGAUUGAUGCCAAAUACAUUGCACAGAUCCCAUUAUUACACCAUAAGAUCGAUCAGUUCAAGAAGCAACCUAAAACAGAGGAGAAUUUAUCCAAAAGAGUUAAAUUGAUCAAGGAAGUCAGUGAGUUGUUGACAAAGAUGUUGCCCUGUAUGGAGGAAAAGAUGCACGUUGCUUCAAUCGCUGCUGAUAGAUCUAUCAAAUAUGUUGAUCGAAUCAAUGAUGACUUUGAACUCAUUCUCAAGGGUGAAAUUCCAGACUCGGUUCGUCUUGGACAGAUUAACCAUCCCGCCAUUAUCAACGAUACCAAAAUUCCAGAGAUCAAGUCUGCCCAGACACAGAGAAGCGAGAGUAGAAGAGAGGCAUUGGCAGCGAAGAAAGCUGCCAAUGAAACAGAUGGUGAUGACACUGGAAAUACCACCAACACUGCUACGACUUCCAACAGGGCAAAGAACAGACGCGACAAGGACUCCAACGCCAACCCAAAGAAGCGUAAGGCUACAAGCAACAACGCCACCACUAGUCACAGCACUUCUACCACCACCAGCAACAGCAACAGUGGCAACAGCGUCAUCAAUAACAGUAAUAGGAAUAACAACGGUGCAAACAACACUCAAAACACCUCAAAUGCUCAUCCACUGCGCAAUUCCCAAGGCGAACCUGUGUACUGCUACUGCAAUCAAGUUUCAUAUGGUGAGAUGGUUGGAUGUGAUGGUGAAGACUGUAAGAGAGAAUGGUUUCACCUACCUUGUACGGGACUGGCAACUCUGCCUAGAGGAAAAUGGUACUGUGACGAGUGUAAAGCUAAGAAGAACAGGAAAUGA